AUGUAAGUUAAAAGUAUAGAACAGUUUUAAGUAAAUAUUAUUGUAAAUUUAGGAAAAAUAAUGGAACCAAGUUAAACAACCUUAUACUCAAAGGAUCUUAAAGAUGAAUUACUCUGA